AUGUUUAUCGUUUUCGAAACCGAAAAGCUUGCAUCUGCUAGAUACUACAAGUCUCUUCCACCUAUAAGCAAGGCUUAUGGGACCUUGUGCCUGCUUUUCACUACGGCUUUUCAACUCCAACUGUUUGAUUUGUCGGAUAUUGCAUUGCUAUAUAAACCUGUGUUCUCAAACUUUCAGGUAUGGAGGCUUAUUACAACCUUCUUUUUCCUUGGAAAAUUUUCUAUCAAUUUUGGAAUUCGCCUCUUAAUGAUAGCAAGAUAUGGAGUCCAGUUGGAGAAAGGGCCAUUUGAAAGGCGUACAGCAGAUUUCUUGUGGAUGAUGAUCUUUGGAGCCUUAUCAUUAUUGGUACUUUCUGCGAUCCCCAUUUUUAGGACCCCUUUCUUGGGGAUAUCACUUGUGUUCAUGCUUCUCUAUGUUUGGAGUAGAGAGUUUCCAAAUGCCCAAAUCAACAUAUAUGGGCUUGUAACCCUUAAGGCCUUUUAUCUACCAUGGGCAAUGCUUGCUUUGGAUGUUAUUUUUGGUUCACCUCUUAUACCAGAUCUCCUGGGAAUUGUCGCAGGGCAUUUAUAUUACUUCUUGACUGUGUUGCAUCCUCUUGCAACUGGGAAGAUCAUGUUGAGAACCCCCAGAUGGGUAAAUAAACUGGUUGCAAGUUGGCGAAUAGGAGCUCCAACCCCAACAUAUAACCAUGCACAGCCUGACAGAACUGCUCGUGUGGCUGACGGGACUACCGGUGUUGCUUUCAGAGGGAGAUCUUAUCGUCUAAAUGACACCACUAACGUGGGGAGCGAAAUGUUAGAUGCAUCAACCUUUGAAAGAGUUAUGUUAUCAGGGACAAUUGAUUUUUUGUUUAAAUUGGAAGAUGCAUUUGGAUACUCGCAUCUACUCGCCUCUUAG